AUGGCGGCUCCCAAAAACCUCGACAUCAAAGAUCUCAACGGAACGACGUGGAUAGCCAACCGAAGCCUUUCUGGAGACUCUGAUAGCGUGUUGGCCCUCCAGGGAGUCCAUUAUGUCAUUCGAACCAUCCUCAGUGCCGGCCAAAUCACCGUCUGUAUCAAGCAGUGGGAAGGAGAGGAUGGCGCUACCCACUUCGAAAUGCAGAACCAAAUCUCCGCGGGCCUGCCAGGACUCACGGACACAUACAAGACGGACUUUGAGCCGAAGCAAUACUCCGAUCCCAUAUUUGGAACCGUGCGUGAUCGAUCUCGUUGGAUCGGGAUAGAGGAGCUGGAGGACGAGUAUCAGAAAACGGAAUGGGAGGAAGGCACCACGAAGACUCUGGAGCUGUUCACCGAUCACCUUGAUACUGGGGCUACCACAUCCCAAGUAUGUGGCUUCGAGCUGAUUGAGGGCGAGAGACGCUACACCAGGCGAUUGGUUGUGAAGAAGGGCGAAGAGGUCUUGCACGUGCGGCUGGUCUUUGAUUACGUGGGGGGAGAGGAUCUCGAGAAUGAUGCAGAUGCAGAAGAUGACUCCGAGGGAUAG